CGGCGGUGCGGCCGUGGCCUGCGGCAGUGGCGGCAUCUGGCAGUGCGCCUUGCCGCCGGCGGGCCUGGGCCUGACUUUCGCCCCCGGCCAGGCAGUACGACCGCGGCAGAAGCAGGGCCAAGUGCCUUGCCCAGCGAACGCGAUGCGAAGCGCGAGGUGCGCUGUGGAGACACAGAGCGGGCAUGGCGAUCACGUCAAGGACGGCGAGCUCGGCCCUGGGCGGCAGAUUGAUAAGAAGAUGGCGGAGUCGAUCGGCAUGGCGCGCUACGAGGUCAGCGCCGAGCGCCUCGAGCGCUGGAGCUGCGUCGAGGCAGAGCUGGACGCGUUGCUCGACCAGCUCGACGCUCUGAU